GCGCGCGAAGCACAGCGGGCGCGCGGGCCGGCCCCGGGGCCUCCAUGAUGGAGGAGCGAGCGGCCGCCGCGGUCGCCGCCGCCGCAUCCUCCUGCCGUCCGCUCGGCUCAGGCGCGGGCCCUGGCCCCACUGGGGCGGCCCCGGUCUCCGCCCCUGCCCCCGGGCCGGGCCCGGCAGGUAAGGGAGGCGGCGGCGGAGGCAGCCCUGGGCCCACGGCGGGCCCGGAGCCCCUGAGCCUGCCGGGGAUCCUGCACUUUAUCCAGCACGAGUGGGCGCGCUUUGAAGCCGAGAAAGCCCGCUGGGAGGCCGAGCGCGCCGAGUUACAGGCUCAGGUGGCCUUCCUCCAGGGAGAGAGGAAAGGGCAGGAGAAUCUGAAGACAGACCUGGUGCGGCGGAUCAAGAUGCUAGAGUAUGCGCUGAAGCAGGAAAGGGCCAAAUAUCAUAAACUGAAGUUUGGUACAGACCUGAACCAGGGGGAGAAGAAGGCAGAUGUGUCAGAACAAGUCUCCAAUGGCCCCGUGGAAUCGGUCACCCUGGAGAACAGCCCGCUGGUGUGGAAGGAGGGGCGGCAGCUUCUCCGACAGUACCUGGAAGAGGUGGGCUACACAGACACCAUCCUCGACAUGCGGUCCAAGCGCGUCCGUUCCCUGCUGGGCCGUUCGCUGGAGCUCAACGGGGCAGUAGAGCCGAGUGAAGGGACCCCCAGGGCUCCACCAGGCCCUGCGGGGCUUAGUGGCGGGGAGUCGCUGCUGGUGAAACAGAUCGAGGAGCAGAUAAAGAGGAAUGCGGCAGGCAAAGAUGGCAAAGAGCGCUUGGGUGGCUCGGUGCUGGGGCAGAUCCCCUUCCUGCAGAACUGCGAGGACGAAGACAGCGAUGAGGACGAUGAGCUGGACAGCGUGCAGCACAAGAAGCAGCGUGUGAAGCUCCCAUCCAAGGCCCUGGUGCCUGAAAUGGAAGACGAGGACGAAGAAGACGACUCCGAGGAUGCUAUCAAUGAGUUUGAUUUCUUGGGCUCAGGAGAGGAUGGGGAAGGGGCUCCAGACCCUCGGCGGUGCACUGUGGAUGGGAGCCCCCACGAACUGGAAAGCCGUCGGGUCAAACUCCAAGGCAUUCUGGCUGACCUGCGUGAUGUGGAUGGGCUGCCCCCAAAAGUGACCGGCCCGCCUCCUGGCACACCCCAGCCCCGGCCACACGAAGGUUCCUUUGGCUUCUCCUCAGACGUCUUCAUCAUGGACACUAUCGGGGGCGGGGAGGUGAGCCUGGGGGACUUGGCAGAUCUCACCGUCACCAACGACAACGACCUCAGCUGCGAUCUGUCUGACAGCAAAGAUGCUUUUAAGAAGACAUGGAACCCCAAGUUCACCCUGCGCUCACACUACGAUGGCAUUCGUUCCCUGGCCUUCCACCACAGCCAGUCGGCUCUGCUCACCGCCUCCGAGGACGGCACGCUCAAGCUCUGGAACCUGCAGAAGGCGGUCACAGCCAAGAAGAAUGCGGCGCUAGACGUGGAACCUAUCCAUGCUUUCCGAGCUCACAGGGGCCCAGUGUUGGCUGUGGCCAUGGGCAGUAACAGUGAGUACUGCUACAGUGGAGGGGCAGAUGCCUGUAUCCACAGUUGGAAGAUUCCAGACCUCAGCAUGGAUCCCUACGAUGGCUAUGACCCAAGCGUGCUGAGCCACGUCCUGGAGGGCCACGGAGAUGCCGUGUGGGGCCUGGCCUUCAGUCCCGCCUCCCAGCGCCUGGCCUCCUGCUCCGCCGACGGCACCGUCCGCAUCUGGGACCCCAGCAGCAGCAGCCCGGCCUGCCUCUGCACCUUCCCCACAGCCAGCGAGCACGGGGUCCCAACCUCAGUGGCCUUCACCAGCACCGAGCCUGCCCACAUCGUGGCCUCCUUCCGCUCUGGCGACACUGUCUUGUAUGACCUGGAGGCUGGCGGUGCCCUCCUCACCCUGGAGUCCCGGGGCAGCAGCGGUCCAACCCAGAUCAACCAAGUGGUGAGUCAUCCAAACCAGCCUCUCACUAUCACUGCCCACGACGACAGGGGCAUCCGCUUCCUGGACAAUCGGACAGGUAAGCUGGUGCACUCCAUGGUUGCACACCUGGACGCAGUCACCUGCCUAGCCGUGGACCCCAACGGCGCAUUCCUGAUGUCAGGAAGCCAUGACUGCUCCCUGCGUCUUUGGAGCCUGGACAACAAAACGUGCGUGCAGGAGAUCACAGCCCACCGCAAGAAGCACGAGGAGGCCAUCCACGCCGUCGCCUGCCACCCCAGCAAGGCCCUCAUUGCCAGUGCUGGCGCCGACGCCCUGGCCAAGGUCUUCGUAUGAUGCCCACCUGGCCCUGCCCUGGCCGCCACGCUGGCUAGGGUGCGGGGCCGGGCAGGUGGGGCUGAGGUGAGGGCAGAAACCCCGCAUCCCGAGUCCCUACACGUCCAUGCCUGGUACUCCUGAGUGUGCUGAGUCCCGCAGUCCAGUCGGGCGUCCUGUGAGAAUCACUGGUGAAGGCCUGGGCAUGCAGGGGAGGGGCUGAGGCCUGAGAGGCGCUGGCUCAGUCUGGUCUCCCUUCUCUCUCCCGCAGGGGACUCCCAGCCUCACUGGAGGUGCAGAGGCCUGGCCUCUGUUUGCCGUGGAGCCUGGUGGUGCUAACGGCCCUUUCCCCAGGAAUCCCUCCCCCACGGCUGCCUUCCCCAAGCAUCUAGCCUGGGGAUGGGCCCCUUUCAGGAAUCACCCCUGAGGAUGGCCUCGGGGUUUCCCCCUGUGCCCUGACAGCCACUCCUGGUAUCAGAGCUGCCUUCCAGAGGGCAGCACAGCCACGGCUGGGUGUCUUUAGGGAUCAUUUUUUCCAAGACUCCAGAAGGUGCCAGGUUCUCCCCUUGAGCUCCUGCUCCCCCAUCCCCCAUCCUCCCAGACCUGGGCGGGAGCUGUGCUGGGAGAAAGGGUGGCAGCCGGAAGCCUCGGAGCUGAGCCCCGGCCUGGCUGCCCCUCCCCUCUGGCCCUCUCCACUGCUUUCCAGACACUAACUAUGGCCUCCAGGCCAGGGAUUGCCCAAGACUCCUAGGGCAGCCCUCCCAGCGCCCCACGGGGUCGCCCAUGGGCAGAGAUGGCUUUCUUAUGCCCCUCCCUGGGGCAUGGAGGGUGGAGUGGGCCCCUGGGUCCCCCUGAACUCCCUGUAUAUCUGUAUAAAUGACGGGAUUUUCAUGGCGCUGCCCCACCCACGUUAUCACUGUGUGAUGUCUCGGUCAGUCUCCUCCCUGCCUCCACUCUUUCCUCUAUUUAUUUCACUCUUGUUUGGUUCUACCGUGCACCCUCGAUCCCCUUCCAGGUUCCUGUUUAUAACCCCCAUCCCCUCUGCCCCCAUCUUGUAUGUGAAAACUUGUCUCAAUAAACCCUUUGGAGUAAGA